AUGUCUUUCCCUGGGAUGUAUGGUGGGCCGGGCGCGGGUAGCGCAGGCAGCACUGCAGGAAUGAAUGAGCAGGAGCAGAAGAUGGUGAAGAUGAUGUCUGGGGCAAUGGAGUCGUGUCUGGCCAAGUCCAUAAUGGCCGGUGCUAUGGGCGGCGUGCUGGGAGGCGCUUUUGGACUUUUCAUGUCAAGUAUGGCAUACGACACUCCUCUGUCUCCCCAAGGUCAACAAAUCACAUCAUUACCAGUACGAGAACAACUAAAGCGUGGCCUGAAAGAUAUGGGGGCCAAGUCAUGGUCGUCAGCGAAAAACUUCGCCCUGAUAGGAGGUGUCUACUCCGGCGUUGAAUGCACAAUCGAAGGCUUCAGAGCCAAAUCGGACCUCAAGAACUCUGCUUUGGCAGGAUGCAUAACGGGAGCAGGUCUCGCCUACAAGGCCGGGCCUCAGGCUGCGCUGUUGGGCUGCGGAGGUUUCGCGGCCUUCUCAACGGCCAUUGAUGCUUACAUGCGGAUGCCGGAGAGCGACUAA